CCAGAUCGCCGAAGACGCGUCCAGGGAAAUAAUAACAAAAAAUCGGAAACUGCAGAUUUAAUUUUCCGCGAAAUGUCCAUGAUUCCGUUCUUUCCCACCCUCAAGGUGUCCGUGGCGAAUCGCUACUGGUUGGACAUGGCUCCUGCCUCCGUCAACGAGGAAUCGCAGACGCGGCGCUACGAGGACGAACGCAGCAACUGGGUGAGCAUUUUCAGGACCCCGAUUUCCGUAUUACUUGCUAUAUUUUCAUUUUCCCUGAAGCGGGAAUCGCUCAAGACAGCCGGAACAGAUCUCCAGCCGCUGGGCAAGAUGCUCACCAUUCCCGGCAUAGAAACCGAUGACGAAGAUGCCAACGAUGACAGCGAGGAUACGGACAGUCACGACGAGGAGGACGACGAGACCAACGAUCGCGUCAUCCCGGUCACCCAGGACUUUUACUCCGCCGACGACAUCCAGAUGAACGACGAGACCUCGCCCACAGCGCCCUGAAUUUGGGUCUUAAAUGUAGCCGGUAAUCUACGGAGC